AUGGGUGACUAUUUAGCUGCUGUGGACUUGGGCAGCGGCCGAACAGCAAAGCAAGUUUCAGUGGGCUAUCACACAUGCGUCUUGCUUGACAAUGACGUGAUCAAGUGUUGGGGAAAGGGUUCUUCUGGCCAGUUGGGCCAAGGCAACGCAGAGGACAUCGGUGAUAACAUGAAUGAGAUGGGUGACUAUUUAGCUGCGGUGGACUUGGGCAGCGGCCGAACAGCAAAGCAAGUUUCAGUGGGCUACUACCACACAUGCGCAGUGCUUGACAAUGACAUGAUCAAGUGUUGGGGAUCUGGUAAUUAUGGCCAGCUAGGCCAAGGCAACACAGAGAACAUCGGUGAUGACAUGAAUGAGAUGGGUGACUAUUUAGCUGCGGUGGACUUGGGCAGCGGCCGAACAGCAAAGCAAGUGUCAGCGGGCCGGGCUCACACAUGCGCUUUGCUUGACAAUGACAUGAUCAAGUGUUGGGGAUAUUGUAAUUAUGGUCAGCUAGGCCAAGGCAACACAGAGAACAUUGGUGAUGAAAUAUAUGAGAUGGGUGACCAUUUGAGUGAGGUUGAUACAGGUUCUAUUGCCGCGGUUUUCACAACAAACAUCCGGCUUGUUGAUGCCACACCAACACAAGGGCGUGUGCAGGUGAAAGUUCAAGACUCCUGGCGCGAUGUUUGCGACGACAAUUGGAACAACGUGAAUGCACAGGUAGUUUGUCGGCAACUUGGCUUCGCAGGUGGACUUGCGAGCUUUCACUGGAAUGGAAGUGGCCAAUUUGGUAUGGAUAAUGUUGACUGUAUCGGUGACGAAUUUGAUAUCGGCCAAUGCCCAUUCAGAGGAUGGGGGGUUCAUGAUUGUGGAUUUUGGGAAGCUGCUGCAGUCGAAUGCCAUUUGGAUGCUUGGACGCGCUUUGCAGAUCCCACAUUCUCAGCUCGCAGAGGCCAUUCCUUAGUUUGGGAUGCAGCCAAUGCAUCGGUGUUAGUCUUUGCUGGCCAUGAAGCAGGCUUCUUCCGGUAUUACAAUGAUUUGUGGCGAAGCAAUCAACAAGGUAUUUGGGAGCAACUCUCAGCGGAUGGACCUUCAGCUAGGGGUGGCCAUUCAGCAGUAUGGGAUUUCCGCUCCCGCACCAUGUUAAUUUUUGGUGGGAGCUAUUUCACAUCCUAUUUUGAUGAGUUAUGGCUCUUCAGCGUGCACACAAACUCAUGGAAGAAAUCUGAUUCGGCCGCAAUGGCCGCAAAACCCCCUGCAAGAGCUUACCAUUCGGGAGUAUGGGAUGCGGACAAUCAGGUGAUGCUGGUGUUUGCUGGUGAAAACCCUGUGAAUCUGGCUGAUUUCUGGGAGUAUCAUUUGCUGUCAAACACAUGGAAAGAAUUGACACCAUCAUCUGACAAGCCUUCAGCCCGAAGCAGGCACUCUGCAGUCUGGGCAGAUGCUAUAAAAGCAAUUCUAAUUUUCGGAGGUUGGGACUUUACGGCGCUGGACGAUCUUUGGCAUUAUGGCUGGUGGACGAAUUCCUGGACGUUGCUGUCUCCUGCAAAUCCACCUUCCGGUCGUGCCGGCCAUUCGGCCGUUUGGGAUCCAACGACUUUGUCUAUCUUGACUUUUGGAGGUGUCAAAGUGCUGAAUGAGUCACACAACUACACAGCAGAAUUGUGGAACUACAGCAUCUUGACAAACUCGUGGACUCCUUUGGCUCCUCCUGGACCUUAUCCCAGCCCUACUGCUCGAGAGGACCACGUAGCCUGGUGGGACCCAAGCUCACGCUACAUGUAUCUUCUAGGUGGCUAUGAUGUAUCUUACAAGAAGGACAUGUGGCGCUACGUAGGAGUUGAAGCGGAGGAAGUACCUGUCGAGGAAUGCUUCUUAGGUCAGGAGUGCAGCCUGCAGUUGGCAAGUCGCAGAUUGGAAGCAGGUGACAUUCUGACUGUUGUCAACUUUUUCACAGGCUCUUCAGAACCGAGUUUGUUGGGCUUAUAUCUAAAGACGCUGGAUGGAUAUAACUUUUCCUUUGCUCUGGAGAAUUCCACCAGCGAAGACUCAGACCAAAAUCGAAGCGACUUGUCUGAUCCACUUGUUGUGCAGGUGCAGCCUGGUCUGUACCGGAUCCGCUGGUGUCCGAGUCUUGAGGAUUGUGAGAGCCAUUGGUUCGACGUGAGAUUGUUGAUCGUGGCCGGUCCCUUUCCAGGGCAAUCUUUCAUUUGCGACCAGGGGGCUCCUUGUGUCAUCUCAGGAUUGCAAGGCUCACGACUUUCUAAGACUGACCAGUUGCUUCCAAUGAAAGAAUGCGGGACAUUGUUGCGGACAUCACUCUUUCCAGAGCCGCACCCCAUCAGCGCUUCCGCUUCCACCCAGUCCGAUGAUCUCUUGUUUGAUUUUGGCCACUUGGAGCUGGAUGGCUCGCCAGAAGUGGUGCAACUAUGCUGGUGCCCAGAAGAGUCAAGCUGCGGAGAAUUGGAGGAUUUCCGUGCUCUGGCCAUGCUUUUCUAUGUGGUUUGCCCGCCAGGACUGUCUUCUCGGGGCGUGUCCGACGCGUAUAAGUCGUCAAAGGUCAAGACAAACUGGUCGAGCAAAUUGAAAGAUACCGUCAAACCAAUAGCUGGACAAAGAUGGUAUGAGCUGCAUGGCAUGAUCUCCAAAUGCCAAAAGUGCCCUCCUGGAAGCUACUGUCCUGGUGGCAAGGCUGCCGAUUCUCACCAGUCCAUGAUCUACGAAUGUCCUCAAGGAAGCACCUCGCCUAGUGGGUCAGUCUCAGCAGAAGCCUGUGAAUGUCGGCGCGGCCAUUUCUUGAAUGCGCAGGUCAGCACUUGUUCCAUGUGUCCUCCAGGCUACUUCAAGAACCACACUGGACCUGACUUGUGCCAAACAUGCCCACCUCAAACUGUUUCCCCAGAGGGUGCCAUCGCAUUGUAUGAGUGUUCUUGCCCAUCUGGCAAAAUUGACAUUGACUUGAGCGAGAACAUCACAUGUGCCGAUCUAACUGUUCUGGAGCAAUUUGUCAGCACUGCUGGUUUCCUUUCCCAAACUGAAGUGCUAAUGUAUUCAUUUCACGGUUCGAUGUCAUCUCCGGAAUCUGAUUCUCUUGAAGUUGUGCGAUUAAAUUUGAUUGACUACCUGGUUCUGAGUGCGCGGGCAUCCCUGCAUCUGACUCCAACUGCAGGGCAAAUUAGCUACAAAAUCAUGACGUCAGAAGAAGAGGAGGCAGCCAAGCUUCAUGCGAAGAUGGAUGCAGACGUGUUCUUUGCCUUGGCUUCGGCAAAGGAAUCAGAAGUGACCAGCAGAAGCGAGAUAGCUAUGGAAAGCCUCCGGUGUCCCGAUGGAUUGGGUUUUGGGAUCACUGGCAUCAUUCGAAGCCAGUCCGACUGCAAGUGCAUUCAUGGAAUGGAGCCGGUACCAGAUGAAUCAGGUCUUGCCAGUGGUUGCACGAAAUGCCCACGGGGCAAGUACAAGUCGACUGUCGACGAUGCAGCCUGUUCGUCUUGUGGUGGACUCUCAACUUUACAAGAAGGAGGAAUUUCUAGUGCGGCUUGCACUUGUCCAGCUGGAUACGUGAACGAGGUGCUGGAUGACCCUGCAAACUGCCAACCUUGUGGCCAGGGUUUCUUUUGUCAAGGUGGAACACACAAACAGGCCUGCGGUCAGUCUUUGACCUCGUCUACAGAGACCGCUAACAGCGAAUCCGAGUGUAUUUGUGCCUCGGGUUUCUUCCGUGUGGAGUCUGUGUGCGAAGCUUGUCCAAAAGGCUCAUUCAAAGCAGACAUUGGCGAUGGGGCCUGUGAACCCUGCCCAGCAGGAAAGUGGAGUAACGAGUCUGCGGCUUCGCAUGAAGACGCUUGCAUUUCCUGCAUGCCGGGCGCUACAACUCGUGAAGAGGGUGCUGACGAGAUGAGUUUGUGUGUCAGGCCUGACGGACAUCAGCUUGUGCGCUGCAUAUCGGGGAAGGUUUGCCAUGUUGAAAUCACUGGUUUCAACCUUCAAGAUGGUCAUCGGCUUGCUUUGUCGACGUCAAGCUGCGACUCGGGUGGCAAAGCGGCUGUGCCCAAUGUGGUUGCUCAAGGAGUCUCAAAGCCUGCAACAAGCAGCGGAAGCAUGCAUGUUUGGGGUGAUGCGGCUGGUGACUUCAGCCCAGAAGGAGGAAUUUACAAUCUGUGCUGGUGUGCCAACAUGCGCGAUCUUCAAUGCGGAAGUCUGCAGACCGAUUUCAUUUUGUCUGCAGGAAAACUUGAAGUCAUUGGACCUUUACGUAAUCACUCCUUGGACUGUGUUCGAGGUCAGACCUGUUUAGGUUUGCGGCCUUUUCAAGGACAUCAGCUUUCCAUAGAAGAUCGAGUGGCGGUUCGCCGUGCAUGUGGUGGUUCUGAAGUCCUAUCGCUGGCACUUGCAAAUCCCAAUGGUACUGGCAGCCUUUCGACCUUUGAUGGAGAGUUUUACCUUACAUUUGGCAAUGCUCUGCUGGAUGCGGAUGAAGCGUACACCAUUUGCUGGUGCGGCGGCUCCUGCAAUACCGCUUCAGAUUUUGCAGUGCCAGCCGGCCACUUGCAAGUGUUAGGACCCUACACAAAUCAACGGACGAACUGCUUUCUGGGUCAGCCUUGCCAUUUGCAGAACAUCAAAGGAGUUGGUUUGAUGACUGGUGACCGGAUCAUGCUCCGCACGGAUUGUGAGACAGGUCCUAUGCUUCCUGGAAGCCCCGGCAAUGGAAUUGCCUUUCGCAACGAAGCUUGGCAAAGAAAUGGACAUGGCACACAGAAGGUGCAGCUGGAGAACUGCAGAUUCAUUGCCCACCAGGAGAUCAUUGAGAUCAUAGACGCAAUCAGCGACAAUGUGGCAUCCGCAUUGCGCACCAUGUGGGGCACUCGUGCAAUCACAGAAGUGGACCUUUUGUACGAUAGCAACAAUUCAUCCAGGCGCAUGUCAACCAUGAGGACUUUGGUGGUCACACUCAAAUACUUGACUAUGGAGGAGGCAGAGACAUUUGCUGAAGAAGUAGAUCUCAGUAUUGCCUCAGAUGCUGUGUUGGAUACCUUGCGUCAAGACGAAGUACUAGGCAUAAUAGAUGUGCAGCCCUCCAAUGUCUCAGUGUCCCUCCUACCUUUGAUAUGCCGGGCAAACGCCCUGGUACCACCAGGUGUGACUAUUCGAAAUGUCGAAGAGUGUCUUUGCACAAGCGGCUAUGAGUACCUUGAAGAGAGCAAAGGCUGCAGUCCUUGUGGGAUUGGAGAGUACAAGAGUACGCUCGCCAACGAUAAAUGCCAGUCAUGUCCCAUUAGAAAAUCCACUUUGAAAGUCGGAGGUGCUUCAAUCCAAGAUUGCAUAUGCCAAAUUGGCACUUUUGAUGCGGAAGGAGUUUGUUCCGAUUGCACACCCGGCUUGUACUGCCCAGGAAACGGGGAGCCUUUGAAGUGUCCGCAGCACUCUCAGACCUUGGUGGCCUCUGCCAGAUCGAUUGAUGACUGCUUAUGUGUGGUCGGCCAUUACUCGAGUGGCAGCUGUGAGCCAUGUGUCCCUGGAAGGUAUAAGAGCAACAUCGGCAAUGAGACUUGUUCCCAAACAUGCCCAUCAAAUGCCGAUAGUUAUCCUGGUGCCACCUCCUUGGAAGACUGUUUUUGCGUGAAGAACUACCACGCAAUACUUUCCUCGAACGGUCGAUUGGAACGCUGUGCCAGCUGCUUGCCCUAUGUGGGCCUGUAUUGCCCCGGUGGCUUUGAACCAAAUUCCACUGAGCAUGUGCAGCCUCGAGCUGCUGCAGGCUUCUACCAGACAGGAAGCACUUUCGCUACCAAGUGUCGAGUCGUGCUAGCUGAUGGAUCCAGCGCCUGUCUCGGAGACAACCAAUGUGCAGAAGGAACUACCGGAAUGCUUUGUGGCGAAUGCCCGGCUGGCUGGGCCAAGUUUGAAGACGUCAGUCCAUGUGAGGAGUGUUUGGCUGGGGCUGGAACAGGUCAAUUUAGCACGGCCAUCGUGUUUGAGAUCACCAAGAUAGCGGCCUUGAAUUUUGUUUUAGCAGCUUUGGCUGCGUCUGACGCAGCCAAUGCGAACCUGCCACUUCACACUUACAUGAUCCGAAUCCUAACACAAUGGUUCACAGCUUGUGCCCUGAUCACUCAUUUCAAUUUGGAACUGUUGGAGACGCCUUUUGCGCAAGCAUCCGUUUCAUCAGAUUCCUGUGAUGAAGAGCAGUUGGUGCAAUAUGGGAGUUCAAGCCAAGCGGUUGCACCAAAAAGCACAAGAACGAGUGACGUCAAUGAAGCGCUUGAAAGCUUGAGGCUCCCAUGGCCGGUGGAAGUGAGCCAUGCCAUCGCUGUGUUCUUCGCUAUCUCAAAUGUGGUGCCGAAGUUUACAUCUGUGAAGUUUUCAGCUCAAUGUCGAGCCUUCGAAUUGUUUCCAGAACGUCCCGGGGCACAACGACUUGCACCUGCACUGUAUUUCAUCUCUUUACCUCUGCUCACCUCGUUAGCAACAUUUUCGGUUUGUGCUGUGGUUGUGCAUUUCGUGGUUCCAGUUGCAAGGCGAUUUGGAGUGCAUUUCAACAAGGAAGCCAAGAAGAAACAGAAGAAGAGAAAGCGGAUUCAAGCCCUGUUUCAUGAUUCUUGGACGCGUGACUUGAAGUUAUCAGAUGUACCGCUUGACCUGCCGAAAUUCCGUGGUUUGGACUCCUUCGCUUCAAUUGUUGACACGCACCAGAGAUUUGCCAAAGAGAUUUGUCGGAUGAAAAGUGCCAAAGACCCUCAGCUUGAGGCUGUUCUUGCAGAAGAGGGUCUAGAUCUAGAAACGUUCAACUCUCCAUCAACGGACUUCUUAUUUGCAGAAUUCUCCGAAGAAGACUUGAAGAAGGUGAUCACGGAAGCUCUCGUUCCACCGACACUCAUCGGUGCUUUAGUUCAUCGUGCCGAGCUUUGGGAUCGAGGCGCUGAGGAAAGGCCUGCAAAGCAAUCUGGCGAUGCUAGUGCUAUAUCGGUAGCUAUUGAAGCCGAACAGCCAAAGGAUGACUUGCGCACCACCGGUGCUCUACCUGACACUGCCCGUGACGUGAACGUGACCGGCGCUACUCCACCGAGCCAAGCGAACGUCUGGACGGUCGAUCGUUUGGACUUUGGCCUCUUCACUCCGAAGCCAGGUCUUAAGACACUGUUGAUUCAGAGUGUGCCGGUCGUUUGGCCGACUUUGAUUGCCAUUUGGCCCCAACUUCUUUCACAGUUUCUGUCGUUGGUGUGGUGCACGCCUAUCAGGGAGGAUGCUUGCGUGCGGCCACGACUGGUGCCAAGUCCAAGUGUUGUUUGUUUCAGCGAAGAUCACUGGCCUCUGUUUAUCAUCUCAAUCGUUGGAUUGAGUGUUUGGUGUCUGGGCAUCCCAUGUUGGUUGUUUGUGCUGAUCUACCGCUUGGGGAAAACGCGGCAAGAGCUCGAAAGUGGGCGAAAGUAUGGGCUCUUUAUUCGCGGUUUGGAACCAUCGAUGUGGUGGUGGGAUCUUCUGAUCAAACGUGCAGACAUUGCUCUCAUGAUGCUGAUAGCCUACACUUCAUUGGUGGAAGAUCAAACAGCCAAGCUGUUUGUAUUCGCUUUCAUAUCAGGCAUACUGCUUUGCCUUACAACUUGGUUCAAGCCCUACUCCAAGAACCAAGCAGAGAUCUUGGACAUACUGGAGACCAGUUUGCUUACUACACGUUUCGUGCUCUACUUCGUUGCCAAGUGUUCUGCCGUGGUGCUGCCUUUGCCUCUUGCGUGGGUGUUGGACUAG